AUGCCGGAGGGCCCGUCAGUGCGGGAGUUCCAUGGGCGGUGUUGCCGGCAGCUGGGGGCCGCGGUGCUGCGGGCAGCGGGGGGAACCCGCCAGGUGUCCGUGCAGCGGCUACAGGGGCGGCAGCUGCAGCAAUGUCAGGUCCAUGGCAAGUGCCUGUACCUGGGCUUCGGAGACGUGAGGGGAGCGGACACGGGAUGUCCCGGCAGCAGCGGCAGCAGCGGGGGGCCCGGGGUCGGGGCCGGCUCCGGGGGGGACACAGCCCGGGAUCCCCGUCUCUGGAUCCGCUUCCACUUCGGUUUGUUCGGCAGCGUCCGGUGUGACGAGCUGGCCCGGGCAAAGCGGCCCAACAAGCGGGGAGACUGGGCAGACCCGGUCCCCAGGCUGCUGCUCCACUUCCCCGAUGGGCACCUGCUGGCCUUCUACAGCUGCCGGCUGUGUGAGUGUGGGUGCCCGCGCCCAGACCCCAGCACUGACAUCCUGGAGCCCCGCUUCAACACCGACCAAGCUCUGCUCGCCCUGCAGGCCGCUCGGCCCAUUGGCUGCAUCCUGCUAGACCAGCGACACUUCUCCGGGCUGGGGAACAUCAUUAAGAACGAGGCGCUGUACCUGUGUGGGAUCCACCCGUGGUGUCUGGGCUCCCAGCUGGCUGCAGACACACAGAGGCAACUCCUCCAGCGGCUGCUGCACUUCACCCACGACUGGCUGGAUCGCAAACGACGGCGGCAGCGGCUGCAGCAUCACAUCUACCAGAGGGCCCGCUGCCCACGGGGCCACACCGUGCAGCGGGCACAGCUCGGACCCCCAGGGGGACUCAGCAGACCCACCUGGUGGUGCCCUGUCUGCCAGCCCUUGGUGCCUGGGCCCCUGGGCUAGUGUGUGUGUGUGAGUGCAGGCAUGCCAGGGCCCCUGGGCUAGUGUGUGUGUGUGUGAGUGCAGGCGUGCCAGGGCCCCUGGGCUAGUGUGUGGGUGUGUCCACAGUGCCAGCACC